AUGGGAUCAAAAAUCUCCAAAUUGCCCUCCAACCAAUGUGGCUGGAAUCUGCUACGUCUGAAACGCAAAGACGUCGAUUCGCAGUUCCCAUCGGUUGAGGUCACCUAUCAACCGUCACCAAAAGGUGAUUUUGAAAAGGUGGAGAACUCUGCAGUUUCGCCUCUACAGACCUCAGCGAUGAAAAUCAGUCCAACUUCACUCUGUUCUAAAACUUCGAGUGUUGAAUUGAGCUUUCAAAGUAGUUCCACACCUUCAACAGUUCCCACUCUACACUCGGGGACAGAUUUCACACAUGUAGAAUCAACUGUCGACUCAGAUUCAGCGGCUGAUUCUCGUGGCUAUAAAAAGAAGCUUACACAAAGGACUUCCAUACCCUCAUCUAAAAUGAUGGCCUCACAGAAGUCUAGAAAACCUCGUAAGAUGGUCUCCACCACUGCAGCUCCACCUCAAGAUGCUCCAGGAAUGGAGGAGAACAAACGCGGAAGAUAUGAGUGUCACUUCUGGGUGCCAGAGACAGCAUUAAGUAUCUUCACUGACAAGAAUGAUCGUAGAUUGAAGAGUAUUGCACGCAGCAGUGGCUGCAGCAUUGAACUAACUAACGACUCCAAGUUGGAUCCUUUUGGUAUUCCCAAACGCAAGGUGCUCAUUCGCUCCGUCACCACCUAUGGUAUGGCCAAGUGCCGCAAUCUCAUUGAGGCCAGAUUUCCUAACUUUACGUUCAUCGUCGAUGCUGCCAACGCUGCGCAGGAGAAACGGACAGGAGAACGCGGGGAGGAUGUGACAAAACGGGGUGGAUUGAGCUCGUGCUUUGUCCCUAAGGAAAAGGAUGUCUCUAUUGAUCAAACCCACUUGACCGUUUCUUGCGCAUUCGCGUAG